AAAAAAACACACACACACACAGAGACACUGUUUAACUCUGAAGUAAUAUGUCUCAUUUCUAAUAAUAAUUUCGAGUUUUCUUACCAAAAUAAAAUUUCAGUAAUAUUGGGCAAGAAGAGCAGAGUAUUUAUAUCACCCACGAGCCUUUGCUUCUUCUUCCUCCUUCAUCACCUCUCUUUCUCUUUCUGUUCUCUUUCCGGAGACAUUUGCCUAAAUCUCAUCAUUAUUUACAAUCUCUACCUCAAAACAAAGCCUUGAGGGAAAGAAAAAAAUGAUCCAAGAGAAGAAACACAUGUUGUUAGCCCUACUUAUGUAAAUCAUAAUUAAAUCUUUAAUGGUCAGAUCAAACAAGCAAGAACCACGCGUCUCGGCUACUUACAUCCGAUCUCUCGUGAAGCAACAACUUCUUGCUCCUUCCACCACAACCACUAUGACCACCACAACCACAACAACCGAUGGAAGCGGUGGCGGCAGCGGCAAAACGCAAUCGCAAACGCAAACGCACAAGAAACAAGUGAGGAGGCGACUCCAUACUAGCCGUCCUUACCAAGAACGUCUCCUCAACAUGGCUGAAGCUCGUAGAGAAAUCGUCACCGCUUUAAAACAACACCGCGCUUCUAUGAGACAAGCCUCGAGGAUCCCACCGCCUCAACCACCGCCACCACCCCAGCCGCUUAAUCUCUUCUCUCCGUCGCCACCUCCUCCUCCACCUCCGGAUCCGUUUUCUUGGACGAAUCCGUCUCUCAAUUUCCUCCUCCCUAACCAACCCUUAGGGUUAAACCUAAACUUCCAAGAUUUCAACGACUACAUCCAAACCUCAUCGACAACAUCUUCAUCUUCUUCCUCAUCAUCAUCAUCAUCUUCCUCAUCAUCGUUUUUUCCGACUAAUCCACACAUCUACUCUUCCCCUUCACCUCCUCCCACCUUCACUACAGCCACCUCAGAUUCAGCUCCUCAACCACCCUCUUCCUCCGCUGGAGAAAACAACGUGGGGACGUCAGCUUGGUGGUCAGAGCUCAUGAUGAAAACGGUGGAGGCGCCGGAGAUUAAACCGGAGACGGAAGAAGUCGAAGAUGACGUGUUCCCUAAGCUAAGUGACGUCAUGGAGUUCCCUUCGUGGUUAAACCAAACUGAAGAAGAAUUGUUUCACCCUUACAAUCUCACUGAUCAUUACUCAAUCCCUCACAAUCCUCCCUUAUCCUGUAUGGAGAUUGGAGAGAUUGAAGGCAUGGAUGGAGAAGACUGGCUUGCUUGAACCACAAAAGAUUGAUUACUGUUUACUUUUUUUUCGCAGACAUGAUGAAUCAACUCUUUGGUUCUUUUCUUAUUUUUACCUUAUUUUAUUUGUUUUCUUAUAAAUUUUUCUUUUUGUUCGGAGACAUUUUGAAUCUUUUUAAAAAAUAACAUGAAGCCUGCGGAGAGAAAAUGUUCGAUUUGGCAAAGUCACAUGAUGAUUAUUGCAAUAAACUUUUCUUUUUCUU